AGCAAGAGAAGGGGGAGGAGACAGAAUGGGAAAGUGUUGAAUGGAGGGAAAAAAAAGACACUUUUUGCCAUUGUGAAUUUAGUUCCCGGGGUAACACUCUCCCCGCCACUUCAUUCCCACUUGGGGGUCCCCACCCCAUCCCUGGCUGGAGAAAAAAGCAGAAGUAGGGAAAGGUGCGUGCAGGAGCGCUACGAUCCCGGCACAAGGUCAGCGGCAGCCUGGCUCCAAGGUUGAUUUUCUGCUCUUUGUGCCUCUCUUAAGCCGGUAAACUUCCUGAAGCUGGAGAGCGGGGUUCCUUGGCACCUCCUCCCAUUGUAUAUAAUUCAUCAUGUCGGAGACUGAGGUAGAGAGUGGCACGUGUGUGAACUGGCAGAAACGCUGCCUUACCUUGGAGACCCAGCUCUUUCAGUUCCGUCUUCAGGCCAGCAAGAUUCGGAAGCUACUGGCUGACAAGAUGCAGGAACUGGAGCAAAGACUCUUGGAAGCAGAGCACAGAGCAGAAAAUGCAGAAACACAGGUAUGUACAAUGGAGGAGAAGAUCAAACUGGUCAAUGUGAAGAGCAUCGAGCCUGAAGGCAAGUUUCACCAAAAGUACCAGGAGCUACUAGAGACCAUUCGAGGCAAAGAGGAGAUAAUCAGCCAGCUGCAGACACAGGUGGAGAAGCAGAAGCAGCUAAGAGUUCAAGAUGCAAAGACUGUUCAAGAGAAGGCUGCAAAGAUCAAGGAAUGGGUGACCAUGAAGUUAGGAGAGCUUGAGAUGGAAAAUCGGCACCUGAAAAACUACAAUCAGCGCCUAGUAGAGCAAGUGAGGGCACUUCGAGCGGCCUUGGGAGAUCUCUCCAUGGUGCUACCCGGGGAGUUACUGUGGUCCUUCCAGGGAAAGUCAAAGAAUAAUUCUGUGGUUUCAGAGAUAGGUAUCCAUCAGGAAGGCCAGAGAGGAGUUAUGGAAGGCAACAUAACUUCCCAGGCUCAGACAGCAGCUGUCUCCUUACCUUCUUCAGUAACCCAGCAGGACAAAGACCUCAUUCCUAAAGUAAGCAACACAUUGAAAGGUUCUGGGAGAAUCAUUUGUGGAGAAAUCCCAGAGACCAAGGCUCCCCAGCUUUCUCCCAGAGAUACUGUGGGGUUACAGAAAUCAGCUUACUUGGGUGAAAUCCUAGGUGGUUUCCAGAGAGGGAUGCCCAUUAAGCUGAGCUUCCCAACCAAGGAAAGAGUCCUUGGUAGCAGCAUGACCCUGCCAAAGGAUCGGGCUUUCCGUAACCCCCGGGACAGUAUCCAACUUGCCAAGCGGCGUUAUAGCCAGCCCCAGAUGAGAACUGAAUGCUUCAACCACAUGCUGAGCAUUGAAAUUAGUACUCUCCAGACCUCCCAAAUCCAUACCCUUCCCAUGAAAGAAACAAACAUUGACCAGAAGAAAAGGAAAGAAUCUGAGAAGAUGGACACAGAAGAGCCCUCUUCUGAUAAGAAAGAAGUGAAAGCCAGCGAGUCAACCUCUAAAUUAGAAGAGGAACUGGAGAAAUCUAGUACCAAGGAGAUGGAGAUGGGGAACAAGCCUCCUACACCUCCUCUACACCAGUUCCCAUCCUGGGAGAGUCGGAUUUAUGCUGUGGCCUUAUCUGGCAUGCAGCUGGCUGAGACGUCUCCUGGAAAUGAUGCUUCUACCUGUGCUUCAAGUUCUAUGUCCUUCACCUCCCCUGGGUCCUUCUCCAAGCUUGUCAACCAGAACUUCCACGUGCCUGUCUACACCACAUUGAAGGGGAGAGCGACUCAGAUCAGCACCAUGCCCUUCCUGGAUGAGUCCUCUGGUUCUGAGGAUGACUGCAGCUCUCAGACCAGUUUCCAAACUUCUGUCACCUGCGUGGAGUCCAGGAAAGCCAAUGUACCAGGCAGCCCUCGGGCCAUCAAAAGAGGUGUCUCCAUAUCCUCCCUGAGUUCAGAGAGUGACUAUGCUAUUCCUCCUGAUGCCUAUUCCCUGGACAGUGACUACUCAGAGCCUGAAUAUAAAGUUCAACGGACCUCAAUCUAUUCCAUCGAUGGCCUUGGAUCCCAUGGGGAAUCUUUAGAGAAAUCAGGCUACCUACUGAAAAUGGAUAGUCGGGUGAAGACAUGGAAAAGACGCUGGUUUGUUCUAAGGCACAGACAAAUCAUGUACUACAAGUCCCCGAGUGAUGUGAUCCAGAAGCCUCAAGGUCAAGUGGAACUGAAUUCCCACUGCCACAUAGUCCGGGGAGAAGGUGCGCAGACAUUUCAGCUCAUCUCUGAGAAGAAAACUUACUACCUGACCGCAGAUUCCCCCAGUUUGUUGGAGGAGUGGAUCCGGGUACUCCAAAGCUUGCUGAAGGUGCACGCCAUUGGAUCUCCAGGCCUGCCACAAAGUGGGGCUAAACCCAUCGUGAGGGGCUGGCUGACCAAGGUAAAACAUGGUCAUUCCAAACUGGUCUGGUGUUCUUUGAUUGGAAGAACUUUCUACUAUUAUCGAAGUCAUGAAGACAAGUAUCCUCUGGGCUGCUUGCCUAUUCGGGGAGCACUUAUAGAAGAGGUGGAUCGUUCCUGUGACUCAGAUGAAGACUACGAGGGCACUGGAGGAAUGAGAAGGCUUCUCUCUUCCCACUGCACCCUGGUGAUCCACCCACCAGAACACAGUCCCACCUAUCUUCUCAUUGGUUCCAAGCAUGAGAAGGACACAUGGCUUUACCACCUCACAGUGGUUGCAGGCAGCAAUAGUGCCAAGGUAGGCACUGCCUAUGAGCAGCUCAUUGGAAAACUGAUGGAUGAAGAGGGGGACCCAGGUUCCCCUUUGUGGAAACACCCCAUGCUGUGCUACAGUAAAGAUGGGCUUUGUACCCCCCUCACCACCCUGCCCUCAGAAGCUCUGCAGACAGAGGCCCUCAAACUCUUUAAGUCCUGCCAACUGUUCAUCAAUGUACCUGUAGAGGCUGCCUCUGUGGACUACCACGUAUCACUGGCCCAAACAGCCCUGCAGGUGUGCCUAGUUCACCCAGAGCUGCAGAGCGAGCUCUACUGCCAGCUCAUCAAGCAGACCAGCUGCCACCCCCCACAGAGACAUUCGUUCUUGCAGUGCUGGCAGCUCCUGGCUCUGUGUGCUCCCCUUUUUCUGCCUCAGCAUCACUUCCUCUGGUACAUCAAACAGCGGCUCCAGCGCCAUGCAGACCCCAGAAGCGAAACUGGCCAAUACGCCACUUACUGCCAGCGAGCUGUGCGGCGGACCCUGGAGGCCGGGGAGCGGGAAGCCAAGCCAUCUCGCCUGGAAGUUGUGUCCAUCCUGCUGCGCAACCCCUACCACCACUCCCUGCCCUUCAGCAUCCCUGUGCACUUUGUCAAUGGGACCUACCAGGUGAUAGGUUUUGAUGGCUCCUCCACGGUGGAUGAGUUCCUCCAUCAGCUGAACCAGGAAAUGGGAAUGAGAAAGGUAUCCCACUCUGGCUUUUCGCUCUUCACAGAUGAUCCUUCUGGCAAGGACUUGGAGCACUACCUACAAGGAAGCAUUAAGAUCUGUGACGCCAUUUCCAAGUGGGAACAAUCUCUGAGAGAGCUUCAUCCUAGGAAGUCUGAGGGCAGCAACCGGAUUGUGAAGCUGAUUUACAAGAACAGGCUUUAUUUCCGGCAUCAGGUUAAGGGAGAAACAGAGCAGGAGCGGCUUCUGCUUGCCUUCCAGGUCAGCAAUGAGAUCACUGCAGGGAGAUUCCCGGUCAACAAGGAACUAGCUCUUGAGAUGGCUGCCUUGAUGGCCCAGAUGGAAUAUGGGGAUUUGGAGAAACCUAACCUUCCUGGUACUAUGGGAACAGCUCCGGCCAAGGUUCAAUAUCUCCUCCAAUUGGUCCUAGAGAGGUUCUACCCCAAAAGAUAUAAAUGUGGCGCCCCUUCUGAACAGCUGAGGUACUUGGCAGACACACUAGCUUCAAAGUGGACAACAUUGCAAGGCUGUUCUCCCACUGAGUGCAUCCGUAUCUACUUAACUGUGGCUCGAAAGUGGUCCCUGUUUGGUGCUAAACUCUUUGCUGCUCAGACCACUCAACUUUCUACCAAGGGGAACCCUCUGGUGUGGAUUGCUGUGAAUGAAGAUGGUGUCAGUAUCCUAGACCACAACACAAUGCAAGUUCAAGCCAUUUAUCCUUAUUCCUUGGUGAUGACGUUUGGUGGAUACCAGGAUGAUUUUAUGAUUGUGAUCAGACCUGUUCCAGAUAAGAGUUCUGAUAAAGGCAACACUGAGAAGUUGAUCUUCCAGAUGGCACUUCAUAAGAUUGCCGAGUUGACAUUUAUGAUGGCCAGCUAUAUGAACCACUGUUCCACAAUCUCAGCUUCGUCUCCAAAUACACCUCCAAUUCGACACUUCCAAGGAAAGGAUGGAAAACAGUCCCUUGCCUCUGCCUCACAAAACACUAAGGGGCCAACACUUUUAUGAGCAUCUUUCCUCGUCCUUUCUCCCCUCAUUUUGUGCCUUUGGAUUUGGUGACAUCUUGCUGGGUCCCUGCUUCUACUAUGUGCUAACUCCCAUUCCAUCCUUUAUGCCUAUUUCAAAUUUUCACCAAUUCUAUAGGCACAUGACAACAUCUAUGCAAUCUAAUGUAUGCUGUUUCCCAAAUCUAAACCCAAAUGACAGAGGCCAAAUAUAAAAUGGCCAGCCUCUGAAUGCAAUUCUACCAGACUUCUAAGAGAGGUCAGGAUUCUGUGCAAACAUCAUCCAGAAUCCAGGACACUGUCCUUGAAAAGAAAAAUAUCUCCUAAAUCAUACAUAAUUCUCUGCAUUUAGGGGUUUUUAAUGGCAGCUAAUGUUCUCACACAUUCAAUUCAUAUCUGAUGAUACAAACUAACCUUUCCAGAACUUAUGGUGAAGGCCUAAAGCCUACCACCAAGAGGCUUUAUUUUCAUACUGAUGAGGUAACAGGAGAUGGGAAGAAAGAAUGGAUUUCUUUCCUGUUUCUGGGAAGGAACACUACUCAUUAUCUCCCAACACUCUAUCCAGACUAAGGAAGGAGAGUAGGAACUGCAGAGAAGGACAAUGGGUACACUCUUGCCCCAAUGAUAGGGAAAAGAAACUCAGU